AUGGCCGGAGCCCCCAUGUUGGCCCUCCUCCUGCUCGGGCAGCUCCUGGCUGUGACUGAGAUGCAGAAAGUGGGACCUCGAGGCCCCCCUGGCCCCCCAGGGCCUCCUGGAAAGCCAGGCAAGGACGGCAUUGAUGGAGAAACUGGUCCUCCAGGUCUGCCUGGACCCCCGGGACUGAAAGGGGCCCUGGGGAAAGCAGGGAAGCCAGGAGAGGCCGGGCUGCCGGGGCUGCCUGGUGUGGACGGUCUGACUGGGCGGGAAGGACCCCCCGGCCCCAAGGGUGCCCCUGGAGAACGGGGAAGCCUGGGACCCCCAGGGCCACCAGGGCUGGGGGGCAAAGGCCUCCCCGGACCCCCUGGAAAGGCAGGAGUGAGCGGCCUCCCAGGUGGAGUCGGCCUCCGGGGUCCCCCGGGACCCUCUGGACUCCCAGGCCCCCCAGGCCCCCCAGGACCUCCUGGACCUCCUGGACAGCCAGGGGUCCUCCCUGAAGGUACUACCAACCUGCAGUGCCCUGCCAUCUGCCCGCCAGGACCCCCCGGCCCCCCAGGAAUGCCGGGAUUCAAGGGACCCACGGGCUACAAAGGGGAGCAAGGAGAAGUUGGCAAAGAUGGUGAGAAGGGUGAUCCUGGCCCCCCUGGGCCCGCUGGCAUCCCAGGCACCGUGGGGCUGCAGGGCCCCCGAGGUCUUCGAGGACUGCCAGGGCCUCUCGGGCCCCCCGGGGACCGGGGUCCCAUUGGAUUCCGAGGGCCCCCAGGGAUCCCAGGCGCACCUGGGAAAGUGGGUGACAGAGGCGAGAGGGGCCCAGAGGGGUUCCGUGGACUCAAGGGCGAUCUCGGCAAACCUGGCCCCAAAGGGAUCCCUGGACUGGCCGGGCUGGCCGGAGAGCCGGGCAUGCCAGGCAAGGAUGGCCGGGAUGGCAUGCCAGGGCUCGAUGGAGAGAAGGGAGAGGCCGGCCGAAAUGGCAGCCCUGGAGAGAAGGGACCCAACGGGCUGCCGGGACUUCUGGGGCGAGCAGGGUCCAAAGGCGAGAAGGGAGAACUGGGCAAAGCUGGAGAGCUGGGAGAGGCCGGCCCCUCGGGAGAGCCAGGCAUCCCUGGAGAUGUGGGGAUACCGGGGGAGCGCGGUGAGGCCGGCCACAGGGGCUCCGCGGGGGCUCUAGGCCCACAAGGCCCUCCUGGGGCCCCCGGUGUGCGAGGCUUCCAGGGCCAGAAGGGUAGCAUCGGGGACCCCGGCCUACCUGGCCCCCAGGGCCUCCGAGGCAGCGUGGGCGACCGGGGCCCGGUAGGAGCCGCAGGGCCAAAGGGAGACCAGGGCAUUGCCGGUGCCGACGGCCUUCCUGGGGAUAAAGGAGAGCUGGGUCCCAACGGGCCUGUCGGAGCCAAAGGCAUGUCUGGUGACAGAGGCGAGCUGGGCCCCAAAGGCAUCCAGGGUCCCAAUGGCACCAGCGGUGUUCAGGGGGUCCCAGGCCCGCCUGGCCCUGUGGGCUUCCAGGGGCUCCAAGGCAGCCCUGGAAUUACGGGGAAACCAGGUGUUCCGGGGAAAGAAGCCAGCGAGCAGCACAUUCGGGAGCUGUGCGGGGGCAUCAUCAGCGAACAAAUCGCACAGUUAGCCACUCACCUGAGGAAGCCUUUGGCGCCAGGAUCCAUAGGGCGACCCGGUCCAGCCGGCCCACCGGGCCCCCCGGGGCUCCCUGGCUCCACUGGCCACCCUGGUGCUCGAGGGCCCCCUGGAUAUCGCGGUCCCACUGGAGAGCUGGGAGACCCUGGACCCCGAGGAGACCAAGGUGACAGAGGCGACAAGGGCGCCACUGGUGUCGGCCUGGAUGGGCCCGACGGAGAUCAAGGGCUCCAAGGUCCGCAAGGGGUGCCUGGCACUAGCAAAGACGGUCAGGACGGUGCUCACGGUGAACCUGGGCCUCCUGGCGAUCCUGGCAUUCCUGGCGCGGUGGGUGCUCAGGGGACUCCCGGGAUCUGUGACACCUCAGCCUGCCAAGGAGCUGUGUUAGGAGGGGGCGGGGAGAAGUCGGGCCCUAAAAGCUCAUAA